AUGAAAUAGACAUUGACAGUGCUCGAUUGGGGCGGUGCUUGUCAAACACCCAGCCCUUAAUGAGGACAACUAAAACAAUUCUGGUUUCUCUGUCAGACGAAUACUGUCAACAGGCACUGCAAGCUUGUCUGGGCUGGUAUGCUGCAGGUUACGAAAGAUGGCAACAGCUAAAUUCAUAGAGACACACCUGACGUGUGCUAUCUGCAAGGACGAGUUCAAGGAUCCACGUUGUCUCCCAUGCAUGCAUAGGUUCUGUCUGGCAUGCCUAGAUGAUCUCAUUCAAUCAAAUGUAAAAAACAAGGGCAAGAAAAAGAAUAAGAAACCUUCAGGAAUUGAUUGUCCACAAUGCAGACUGUUUGUCAAGCUACGGAACACAACUCAGCCCCGAGAGGUAUGGGCGGAGCAGUUUCCUGCUGAUUUCGCCUUGAAAAACAUCCAGGGAGAAAUACAAAGUGGUGAUGUUGUAUUGUCAGAAACAAACCACGGUGAUGGCAGCAAAGAAGAUAAGGUCGCUGACGAGAGUUCUGCGAAAGGAACACCAUCACAGCUGCGGGGGGCAGACUGGAACACCACUACCAACACUGAUAGGGGUGACAAGAAACAGGACCGGAAAGCCACUCGGAAAAUGACAGGAAGCUUUCAUAAAGUGAUCCCUCUUCAACCCGACAAGACGCAGCCAGAUGCCUAUGACCUCGCUGUUUUGGUGCAGGGUGACAAGAAAUUGAUCGUCGUCCCAGAUUUUGCGAAUCACAAAUUGCUUCUUUUGACCUUAAAUAUUGACAUGGAAGUGGCACAAAGAAGUAAGUAUGAUCUUGGCGCCAAACCUUGGAGGAUUUGUGAGGUGGAACAGAACCAGGUUGCUGUCACUGUGAGCGAGCCAUCUGGGGUUGUGAUAUGUACCGUGGACGUUGAGCGAUCUCAUGUUGAGGAGAAAUUGUUUUUUCCAACCAAAAAGCGGUAUGAUGGAAUCUGUGCCUUACCUGGUAGAAAAUUUGUUGUGACUGUUGAUGACAGUGUUGAUAUAAUACAAGACAACGGCACAGUGCUGAAAGAGCAUGAAAUCAAGGCUCCUCACGUCAAAUUUCCAGACACCUCCUACGUCACCGUCACACCAAACAGCACCAUCGUUGUCACAGACUGCGGGGGCAACACAGCAUCUUUCCUCAAACAGGAUGGUAUUGUGAUGUGGCGCAAAAACAUAAAGUGCUUAGGCGUGGCUUGUGACAGUGAUGGGAAUGUUUACGUUGCCGAAACCGGCCAAGGAUCCAUCGUGCAGUUCUCCAGCAGAGGAAGGCUCGUAUGCAGGGUGAUAGGGGAAUCAGAACACUUCAGUAAGCCCUCGGGAGUAGCAGUUGAUAACAUGGGUUAUCUGUAUGUUAUGUGCAACUAUAAGGAUGUCACAGUGUGGAAGCUCGGACAUGAGGCUGUGUGAGUGUAUGAUAGAAUGGCGAGGGCGCCAGACUGUUGUGUCCAUUGGGUGACAGAAAGAGAUGACCUGAGACUGUAGACCACAUCGAGUGUCUUGACCCAAGAAGGAGAAGGUGACUUUGGAUCCCAUCAGAGUGUCUUGGUCUGAAACGGAAAGUAUACCAUGUUGUGAAUCCAUUUAGGGUGUCUUGACCGAAGACAGAACGAGCACCUGUCUGUGAGUCCCUUGUCUUGUGGUAGACAUGAUGUGUCUUUAGGUAGAAAUUGACUUGAAGGUUGGCAUUCACGUCUCAUAUUUUGCGUUUAUUUGAUUACAUGAUUACAUAGUUAUUGAGUACAGGUACAGUCCGUUUGAGUCAGAAACGGACCGAUGAAUUGCAAAUUUUAUCAUUGUACAAAAUUGCCACAUAAAUAUAAAUAGUACACAUGUUUAUCAUUUACUAAUA